CUACCUGCCGUCGAGAUUUCAUUACCCGCAUCCAAUACUCUGUGGCGGCACCGCCGUCGUACGCUGUGCCUUCAUGCACACCCUGUCAUACAUGUCCGUACGUCAUUACCGGUAAUAAUGCUUGUAGGCACUCGGGCUCAGUCGGUCGGAGUGCAAUGCUUUGAAGACGACUACACCGUCCGCCUGGUCAACAACGCCAGCCACCCCUUCCUGGCCAACGGCCUGAAGCAGGGCCGAGUUCAGGCCUGGCUGGGAACCGGGUGGGGCUACGUGUCAAGCUCUGGCUUCACGAACGAGGAUGCGCAGGUGGUGUGUAGGCAGCUCAAGCUGCCUACUGUUGGAGCCUAUGUAUUUGGCAACGUGGAGCCGUUCGUCGGCAACCCUGGACGUCUGAUCCUGCCCGGCCUCAAGUGCACUGGCACAGAGUCAUUCCUGGGUGACUGCCCCGUGGACAAGACGACCGCGACACCAACCCAGGAGCCCGCCUUCAUCUUCUGCCAAGAGCCCACGUUCGCUGUACGACUCGCCGGCGGCGCGCACCCGUCUGAGGGCCGUUUGGCUGUGGACGUGGUGUGCCGACAGGCUGGCUUUGAGACCACGCCGCUCAACCCGCCUUCCUACAUGAAUUUUUCCACCUCGGGCAUCCCCGAUGCGCGACCCAACUACGGCAUCACAACCAUUAUGAACUGCCCGCCAGGAGCCAGUUCCAUCACUCAGUGCGGCAACUUCACCAAUGACUUUGAAAGGAAAUGGACCCUCCCGUCCAGCUGCGCCAGCCCUGGUCUGGAUGUGGUGGUCAAGUGCUACCAGCGCCCACCGCUGCGAACAGAUGUCGUCUCUCGCUCAUUGUGUACGGACCCCUGGAGCACUCAGUCUCCCAUCUCUCCCGAAGCUGGAGUAACCGCCAUGCUGGUUGGAGAGUUUGAUGACCAAGUUGUGGGCGAUCGCUCGCAGGAUGUCCUGCUCCUCAAGUACGGUGCGGACGGCAAGCUCAUCGGUCACGCUGCAUUCGGCCGCCCCUGGGGGUCCACCUUCUCAGCAGAGGCUGAUUACGACUUCGGCCCGACGCCCAAGCCCGACGUCCUCCUGCUUGCCGACAUGACCGGGAGCGGCCGCGACUCGUUGGUCGCCGUCACGUCCACUCAGGUUAAGGUGAGUGGCAUGUUUGGCGAUGCGUACGGACACACGUGCGGGCAAGUUUCCCACAGCCAGAUGGUGGUGUAGCGUCGCUUCUGCGGUGGUUGCUGCAGAACGUCUCAGGAAAGCGCAGGCGCGUCGAUUGGGGGCCAAAGGCGAGAAGGCGGGAAAGGGCGGGAAAAGGCGAGCACACGGUUCGUGCAAACUCGCAACCCGGUU